AUGGAUCAAUUAAUUGGUACAACUGUGAAUGGAUACUAAUUCAUAAAGCAAUUGGGAACUGGAUCCAUGGCUGAGUAACAAUCUCAAUUAUUUCAAAGCAUAUAUCUCGUGUAGGAUAAGACCUCGCAAGUCAAAUAUGUGGCUAAAGUUUAUACUUGCUUUAAUAGCGAUAUUAGAUGUCACAAUGAGGCCAUCAUCCUCGAGAAGUUGAGCCAUCCAAACAUAAUAACAAUUAAAAGGAAUCAGCAAUUAAAGUUACAGGUUAAUCGAAAUACCUAUUGUUAGGGGGAGCAAGGAGAGAAGAAUUGUUUGAUUUUGGAAUAUUUGGAAAAGGGCGACUUAUUUGAAUUCAUAGCUAAGUCUGGCCAUUUUGGGGAGAGUCUGUGUCGCUAUUACGUUCGGCAAUUGGUUUAGGUGGUUGAUUUUGUGCAUGGGAAUGGAUUUGUUCAUCGGAAUUUAAAAUUAGAGUCAUUAUUAUUAGAUAGAAAAUUUAAUCUAAAAUUAUGCAAUUUCUCGUGUGCGCAACAUCAGAAUAAAUAUAAGGAUGGUAAACUGAAGACCAAAGUGGGGACUGAGAGUAUAAUUAAUAAUUGCAUUUGAAGAUUACUAGGCACCGGAAGUUUUGCAUGGUGCAGUAUACAAUGGAGUGAAGGCAGAUGUGUUUUCUUUGGGAGUGAUAUUGUUCAUCAUGUAUAAGGGAUAGCCCCCCUUUUUGAAGGCCAAUUAAUAGGAUGCACUAUUCAAUUUGAUAAUUUAGGAGAACUACAAAUAAUUUUGGGAGAUUCAUUCCUAGAAGAAGAUUGAAUUUCACUUUGAUUUCAAGUAUUAAGUAAUUUAAGGCAAGGGAGCUCUUCCUGAGAAUGGUCAAUCCGAACCCGGAUACGAGAUUCAGUAUGGAGGAGGUGAAGAAUUCGAAGUGGUUUGAAGGAGUGUCUAUGAAUAUUUAGGAUGUGUAUGAGGAGAUGGGAAAGAGAGAGAAAUUUUUACUUAAUGUGUGA